GCGCUCAGUACCGCUGAUCCGCAGCAGCGUCGGGUCGCAGGACGAAGAGCGCAGCCGACUCACCCGGACUGACCGACCAUGCAGUGGGGCGUCUUCACCUUCAUCGGCUUCACCUUCAUCGGCGGCUUCUUGCUGCUGUCUCUACCCGUCUCUAACGGGGCAUGGAAAGGCAAGAGUGAUAGUCCAUACGUGUGCUUACUACCAAUGGAUACUGGGCCCUGCAAAGCCUUGCUUCACCGCUACUACUUCAAUCGUUUAAUUCAGAAGUGUCAAAUGUUCCCUUACGGUGGCUGCAAAGGGAAUGAAAAUAAUUUUGAAUCACAGAAAGAAUGCCGAUCACGCUGUGGACGAUUUAUUCCUACAGAAAUUUCCAGCAAAUGUACCCUGCCACGAGAACGAGGAAUAUGCCGUGCUUUCCUUCGAAGGUAUUUCUACAACAUCAAGACGGGAAUGUGUGAGCGGUUUGUGUAUGGGGGAUGCGAUGGCAAUGCUAACAACUUCAAUGACCUAUAUUCCUGCCAGCUGGAGUGCAAUCCAAGUUUAUUGGUUCCCUCAUUCUGCAAGAAACCCAAAGAUAGAGGAGCCUGUAAGGCUGAUAUCCCACGGCUUUACUUCAACCCAAAUGCAUAUCGUUGUGAGAAGUUCAGCUACACGGGUUGUGGUGGAAAUGAUAACAACUUUUCUACUCUUAAAGCUUGCCGAAAGAUUUGCCGACCACGAGCCAGAAAACAACUGAAAAAGAAACCUAUUACUGCAGUCAAAUAUUAGAAACAACACUGAAGAAGAUAACAGUCUAUAAAAAUCUGAAGAUGCUGAAUUAGAUUUCCAUUACCCUUAUCAUUAUUCUAGCUCAGCGGUUUGCUAUAUAUUUUGUAAACAUUUAAUGGAAGUUAAAAUACCUUGCCUUCAAAGUUUCUAAACAUGAAAAUAAGGAUUUCAAGCCAUGUUAAAUCUCCCUGAAUAUUCCUAAAGUAGAGAUUCCUCCAGAUUAUUAUUUUGAUACAUUUAUAUAGGUAUGUUACAAAACGUACCUUCAGCAGCGCUGCAGUUCUGUCACUGCCCGUGUGCGCGACUUUGGCGCCUUUGAGAGGGGGGCGGGAUUAAUAUGCCGUUUUUUCCCAGCCUGUUCAAAUCGAUUUUUGUCAUGCUGCUUUUAAAUUCACCGCUACUGCAAUGUUCCAAACGAUCGCGUUCCACAAAAUCCCACUCGCAAGAUGAUUAAAAUGGCCAUUAAUUUACGGGAAUUAAACACUAUAUUCAUUCCAUUUGUCCUAUAAAUUCAUGACAAUGAGAUUUAAAAAUCAUGUUAUAUUGUGAAUUCUUGUGUGAAUUAUAUUUGGACACUUAGGCUAUUUAAAAAUGUUAACCUUUCUUAAGAAAUUGAUAGAUGUGUAGAUCUAGUAAUUGAAUUUUGUAAUUAGCUACAAUUAGGUAACUAACUAAUUAUAUGCUUUAAUUUCAGGUCUUCCAAGUAAGAUUGUUUCAUAUUUUUUUCAGAAUGCUUCAAUCUAUAAUAACUAAAAAUUUCAUUCAGUUCUCUUAAUUUUUAAGAAAGUUAUGGGCUUUUGACUGUCCUUGAUCACAGCUUUUAAGUCAAAGGAAAAGCAAUAGGGAACAAGAUGCUAAUUUCCGAGUAUGAAAAUGGCCAUAACCUUUUUAAUACUGAAGAUAUGAAAGUGAAUUAGGUGUCAAAUUAAACUUCUUUAUAUGCUUUAUCUGAUGGGAUAAAUUGCAGACUUGAUUUUUUAAAUCUCAAAAUUUUGUAACAUUGCUAAUAUAUACAAAUGUCAUUAAUUAUGGUUAUAGAAUAUUUCUGAAAUAUUAUAUAUCCAUAUAAUAGUAUACAAAAGCAUAUGAAUCAUUUACCUGUGGAAAUGUUUAAUGGGCCAAAUUGUGGCUGUGGGGGAAGGGUGGGAGGAGAAUCAAUGAAAUUCAAAAUUAAAUGGAGAAUGGAUAAAGUAGAUCAUUUGCUCAUUUUUGGAGCAAAAUGUGCGCACCUUUUUCCUCAGAUGAUCACUCGUUAGCAUAAGCAUUCCCUCAGAACCUUUUUGUAUUGUCCUUGCUGUUGAUUUCAGUAACUUCCUAAUGUUUAUAGCAAUGAGAACCUCCUGUUUUCUUUAUUUCCCUCAUAAUUGUGCCUUACAUCAAAAAGCACUGACAAGAUAUGCAUGCAAUGUUUAAAUGUUGCUUAUCUUCUCUAUUCUAUUUCUUAAAGUGAGGUGGCACAGCAGGGCAGAGAAGUGAACUCCAACAGGAGCAGUUAUAAAAAGGGGAAAUAAGCUCUAUUCCAAAAAGAAAAGCUUGGUAAUUCAUUGAGACUUUUGGAAUGCAAUGUUGCACUGUGGCUUUUAGUGAUUGGGUUCAGUUGAAAUCCUUUGAAUAAUUUUGUUAUGCCCUUUGUUUAAUUAGGUGCACACUGAAUACAUUAAUCUGAGUGGCACAGACAGUCAGAACCUGGCAUAGAUAGGGUAGAUAGUCAGAACAUUUUUCUCGGGAUGGAAAAAUCUGAUACUAGAGAGCAUGGCUUUAAGGUGAGAGGGGCCACGUUUAAGGGAGAUGUGCGGGGCAACUUUUUUUUUACACAGAGGGUGGUGAGUGCCUGGAACAUACUACUGGGGUAAAGGUUGAGGCAGAUACGAUAGUGGCAUUUAAGACAUUUUUGUUAAUGGAUAAGGAUUAUGUGCAGGCAGAUGAGAGGUGAUCUUAGCAUUAUGUCUUAAACACAAACAUUGUAGACCAAAGGGCCAGUUUGUGUGCUGUGCUAUUCUGUUCUAUGUUAAAUAUAAUGAAUUUAGGAUAUGUAAAACGUGUUGCAUUAAUACCAAAUAAUUUUUCUUGGUGGAAUUCUGUAUUUCAUUCUCCCCCAUGAACUCAAUGUGCUUGCAUUAUAAAUAUUGUAUUAAACACAUAAUAAAAUGUGAACAUGAAAUGCAAA